AUGGUUGAACCGCACUUAUUUUGUGGUCCAGAGUUCACACUGGAAGUUCCUUCCGAGUUGCCAUUGCCUGUUGAGCCCAAUAUUCUUCUUCAACUACAGUCGGAGUUAUAUAACCUUCUCACCCCACUCGUGCGCCACAAACUUCACGCAACAUGGGGAACUGGAACAGGUAGUUGUGACGGCACUGUUCCACCACCGCCCUGUGAGCUCUGCUUUGUAGAGGUGGUGGAGUCAUCACCAGUGCCGGAUCCCGGCGCUAGGGAAAAUGAGAAGGACAACGUAUCUAACGAAAAAAAUGAAGCAACUGCUAAGCUGGUAUUACGCAUCAAAGACUCCAGAGCAGCUAGUGAAUUGUUUGUUAUUGGGCUUCGCAAUCCUUUCAUUACACUACCGCACGGCAUACGUUUGCACAACCGCUGUGGUGGAAGCGCAGUGGGUACUGCGAAGGCGCGUGCCACGCCAGUUGAGAUCCUCCGCAAGAAGGAGUUAUUGCGUUCCCGCAUGAAUUUUGACGAGGACUUGUGGGAACUGCUUCAAGGGAGCCUUACUUCUGAAUGGUUGCUAGCGUUAGAGGAGACAUACAAACAACACAAACAGCAGCAGAGCUCUAACCAUGAGGCAGUCACAUCGCUGCGUGAGUCUCAACGCCACGAACGGCGGGUGGAGAGUUUGCUCCACUAUUGUGAGCAGAAUGUGCUCUACAUUGGUGUGAUGGACGAGGAGGGGAAGGCUACUCCCUUUUUGCUUGCCAUCGGAGCUUUUUAUAAACUUGGCUUAACCCGCCAUGAUGCACUUGUACACUUUGCGCGUCACCACCGUCGAACCAUUCGUGCGCUGGCUCUCUUUAUUGCGCGUUACACCACAGCACCAGAGGAGUUGGAGCCAUUUUUUACACCGUCCUUGACCGAUGAAGUGGUGGUGGCAUGCGCGGAAGAUCAGCAGGUGACUUGUUCCAUGCGGCAGUUGGCUGAGGAUUUGUUGCUGCAUGAUGAGGUUUGCGAGGCAUGGCCUCCUACGCUGCACCCGUUCUGGAUUGAACACACGGUGCGACCCAUGAUGUUGCGUGUGGAGGCAGAUCGCAAGAGGCGUGAGGAGCUUUUCCAAGAGCGUGAGAGUGGUGUUGCAACUGAAAAAGAGCAGGGGAAUCGGACUGGAAGCGGGAGUUCGGCCCCAGGGGGAUCGGGCAAAGGUGUUGGUGUGUUUGGUUUUUGUAAUAUCAUGGAGCUUCACGCGUACGUGCGUGAGAAACAGCGUGUGUUGGUGCCGCAGCGGGUGCUAUCGAUGCUCAGUAAACCCCGAGGUGGUGAUAGCGGUGAUCGAGAUUACGCGGAUGAUGGUGAUGAUGACGAUGAUGAUUUCCUCAUCAAAGUAAGGGUUGAAGGAGAUGGAGAUGCGGAGCAAAAUGCAUUACACCACCAAAACAAGAGGGGAAUAGACACAAAGCAACCGAAACAAGGGCAACAACAAUUAUCUGUGAGGCAGGGAGACUCCAGGAAGAGGAGGCGCCAGGGGACCACAACUGCUCGUUCGUUGGCCGUGACUGGCGCGUACCGCACCAUUCUGACGUUGCUUGGUCGAACCGAACCCUUUGAUCCGCAUUGUGAGCAUUUUCUUCAGUUCUGA